AUGGCGGAGGCCAUGCGCGAGUUGCGUCCUCUGUAUAAGAAGCUGUUGCGUCUGGCGCAGAGUCUACCGGAGCCCAAGCGCCAGUCGUCAAUUGACCAGAUCCGUCGAGAUUUUCGCAACCACGGAGACCUCACAGACCCCCAAGAGGUGUCGGCGCUCAUCCAGCGCGCGCAGUCGUCGCUCAGUUACCUGAAGAUCGUCACACCCCGCGCCGAGUCCAACAUGGGCGUGCAGCGCUACAUCUACCGCAACGGACAGCGCGUCAACGCGGACGAAUUCGAGGAAAAGGGCGAGGAGAACGCACGCUGGAAGACGCAGGACAUGGAGGGCGGACUCAGGCGCCACCACCAGCUACUGCGUCGUCAAUACUUCCUGGACCGCAAGAGCGGCCCGCCACGCCCCAUUUUCUAG